AUGCCACUGAGGUUAAAGAAAGAUGGUUCUACAGCCAAGUUCUUCGUGGGAAAGGCAACACUCACUCUCACUUUCACAUUAAGCUUCUUAUCUGGAGGUCUCUUCCAUCACAUGAAGGGCCAAGAGGUCUCAUCUCUGGAGAUAGAAGUCAGUGCUGAUGUAAAAAUCACAGCACCAGUAGAAGGGAGGAUUUUAUUGAAAGGUGACAAUGUGACCCUCAUCCAGAACAUUCAAGUAGAACAUGUGCCAGGAGAUACUCCCAUGUCCUACUGA